GUCAAAGUGGAGCAGCAGGACGAUGUCGUGGUCGUUCUUGAAGACAAGGAAGACUCCAAGGCGAGGCGCAAGGAAAAGCAGAGGAUCUACGAGAAGAACAGGAAAAACACUGGUCGCUCAAGGAAGUCUGCGAAACAGUGUUUGGACCUCGAGGACAAGCUCUGGAUCGUCACAGCUGCCAGGGACGAGGCUCUCAAGCAACUCGAGGCCGCUCGUGAGGCCCUCCGGGCCACUCAGGCAAGAUUGCAGCAGGUCGAGUCCUACGUGCCAGAGACACCACCGAAGAGGCGAAGGCGAUCUGCGGAUUGA